CACACUCGCUCGCGGACCGACGGUGUUGGCGCUUGUUGCCCCGAUGCUGGCGGCGGAGCUGAAGCGGGCACGUUUGAAGGCGGGAGCCUCGGCGAGCGGAGGCUCGCCCGCCGACGCGAGCGUCGGCCCCACCUCGUCGCAGCCGCUCACGUUUGAGACGCUGUCCAAUUUUUCCGGCGGCCACCACGGCGGCGAGCUGAGGGCGAUGUCGCUGCCUGCGGACACGCACAUGAUCCCGCUGUCCGCGAUCCCGCCCAAGCCCCGCGUCCGCCCCUCGCCCGCGCCUUCGCUCAACCUAGCCGACUUCCCCAUCCUCGAGCUGCCCGAGCCAUCGCUCGGCGAGAGUGCAAGCUUCUCCGCCUCUCCACCGGGCACGGUGGUGGCGGACGACGACACGGUGGACGCGGUGCACGUGGAGGAGAGCGGUGGAACGUCUCUUUUCGUGCCUCCGCCCCGCGCGGAGAAUGUCUUCGUGGCGGCCGCCUCGGCGCCAGCGUCGAUGCUCUGGGGACCUCACGCGCACAAGCACGGGAGGAGGCGAUGCAGCAACACCCGCCCACGUGACCCGCAAACGCACACCCCCUCGUGCGACCGCCUCCCCUACUGCUGGCGCCCCCCCGACGCAUGCAUCAUCGACGACCCAUGGCUUUGUACACUCCCCUCUCCCCUCCCCGGAGCUGACGCGUGUCGCGACCGGCCUCUGCGCCUCCUCCCGCCCCUCCCCCUCCUCCCCCGAGGCGGCCAUCCCCCGCCGCCACGUGGCCGAGUGCAUCGGCCGCGGCGCGCGCGCUCGGAUUCGAGCACCGCGCUGCUCUCUGCAUCGAGACGUUUUGUGCUAUAUGCGGGCGCCGAGCCACAUAGGCUCUCGUGUGUGCCGCCUUCCUCGAAAAGUGUGGUGCUGUCUUGCGACACUUUUUAGCCGCGCGGUGUCCGCGAACUUUUUCGGCGUUUCUUUUGGACACGUUUGUACACAGGAC